CGUCAGUGCCAGUAGUGAGUCGAGUGGCGGCCUAGAGAGUAGAGGCAAGAGUACAACAGGCUGCUGCCGUGCUGGGAGAGUUGAACACGCUAACGAGCGCAGUACGGAUCCGACCUGGACUACAGACUACAUACAGACUCACCAACCACCGAUGCCGACUACCUCACAUCGCCGUGAUUCUGUUCCCCAGUCCACUCCAUCACGAGGCAGUACAUUUACAUCUUCUGCAACACCACCGAUGAUGUCAUCCAGCGCUUCCUCAGCUGAAACACCAGAUAGAGUGCCCAGACAAGGUUCAGCCUCAGAUCAGACUACUUUGCCCAGAAACACGUUGUCACCAUCACCAUCAGCAGCAGCAGCAGCAGCAGCAGCAGUAAUAGCUGAAUCUCCAACAAAGCAGCGUGAUUACACACAGAUCCACAAAGCAAGGUACUCAUUUGGUAGUGAAGGCAGCGGGAGAGAUCAGUUUGACAGCCCUUGGGGACUAGCAACCAACAAAGCUGGUGACCUGAUCAUCUGUGACAGCUGCAACCACAGAAUAAAGAUACAUGGGGUUGAUGGCCAGUGCAAGCAGACGGUUGGCGUCGAGGGAAGAAAGUGUGGAGAGUUCUAUGCCCCAGACGCUGUGCAUGUAACAGAUGAUGAACGAGUGAUCAUUGCUGAUACUGGUGACCACCGACUACAGAUCACUGACCAAAACUUCUCAGAGUUCAGCACUAUAGGAAUACGUGGAAUAGAAAUUGGCCAGUUCCAUGAGCCAAUUGGUGUUGUCCUAGUGAACCACAGUGUACUGGGCCGGUGCUUUGCUGUGGCAGAUAACUACAAUCAUCGGAUUCAGGUUGUGCCAUGCAGUGGUGAGACAGGAUAUGCAUUUGGAACAGAAGGUAGUGGUCAAGGCCAAUUUCAAUACCCAAGAGGCAUCACAGUGUACCACAACAGGUUGUUAAUUGCAGACGAGAACAACCAUUGUAUACAGUGUAAGAGUGUAUAG